AUGUUUCGGAGUGUCAUAUCUCACCAGAGAACCAUUAGUGUUUUGGGAGCUCCCAGACUUUUCCAUACUGGUACUAGAAUAUUCGCUGGACAUUCAAAAUGGGCUAAUAUCAAACACGACAAAGCUAAAAAUGAUGCCAAAAGAUCUAGAGAAGCUUAUGCAAUGGCUCAAAAGAUAGAAAGUGCUGCUAGAAUGGGUGGUGUGGAUGGUAAUGCUUCUUUAGAAACGUUGAUUGAAAAGGCUAAGAAGCUUAAUGUCACUAAGAAAAUCAUAGAUAAUGCUAUUAAAAGAGGAACUGGUGAAGUUUCAAUAGAUGGACCGGCGUUAUCUGAUGUUCAAUAUGAAUUUGUGGGUCCAGGUGGUGUGGCUAUGAUUAUAACUGCUACAACUGAUAAUAAAGCCCGUACCGUUAUGUUAGUGAAGAAUGCUAUGGGUAAAUUCAAUGCCUCAUUAAGUCCAUGUUUAUAUUUAUUUCAAAAGAAAGGGGAAGUUAUAUUUGAACCAUUGACUCCAGAUGAAAGUCUUGAUGAUAUAUUUGAAGUGGCCAUUGAUAUUGGUGCUGAAGAUGUGGGAGAGUAUAAUGAUGUGGAAGAAGAAUAUGAUAAUGUUAAAUUAUAUAGAAUCAUAUCUGAUCCAACUGAUGUUUUCAGUAUAUCGAAUCAAUUAAAGGAAAGAGGGUAUAAAUUGAAAGAUGCAUCUACAAAAUAUAUUGCUGAUAUUGAUAAUGAAGUACCAUUUCCAGAAGAGUUUGCUAAAGGAUUCAAUAGAGCUCUUACUGAGUUAGAUCUUGUUAAUGAAGUGACAGAUUACUUUACCAACAUUAAAGAAGAAGAGUAA